CCUUAAUAAUAAGGCAUAAAUAAUUAUGUAGCACAGAAUUGCCCUUCAGCCUUCUCUCUCUUCCAACCCAUGUGAGAGAUAGAACCAUUCCGAAAGUCGCGGCGGAAGAAGUAUGAGGGUUCAUUACAUGAUAGGUCAGAGACAACAAGGGUUAUUUUAGUCAUGGCAGAUUUCGAUCUUGCUACGAGCUUCAUUCCCUCGUUAUAUAAACCCGCGUCACUACUGCCCAUAGCAAAACAUCGUGAGAGACUUCUUUAUACCAUUGAAACCCAUGCGGUUACUAUAGUGGUUGGCCAGACCGGGUGCGGUAAAAGCACCCAGCUGCCUCAGUUUUUAGAAAAGGCUGGGUGGUGUUCUGAAGGCAAGGCUAUUGCUAUUACUCAGGCGAGUUUCUCUACCCGCAUUUGAGGCAUCGAAGCUAACUGCAAGAUAGCCUCGAAGAGUAGCUGCUACGACAGUUGCCACAAGAGUCGCUGAAGAGUUCGGAUGUACCCUCGGGCAGGAAGUUGGCUAUUCGAUCCGUUUCGAGGAUGUGACUUCAGCGGCCACAAAUAUCAAGUUCCUAACGGAUGGGCUUCUGCUUCGAGAGGCAUUGGUGGACCCAUUAUUAUCUCGAUAUUCCGUUAUCAUGGUCGAUGAAGCUCACGAAAGAUCUCUCAGUACAGAUGUUUUAUUGGGGGUUCUACGGAAAAUCCAUAACAGGAGGCCGGAGCUGAGAAUCAUCGUGAGCAGCGCUACACUUCAAGCAGAAGAGUUCCUCACCUUCUUUACUGCCGAAGACAGUGCCACCACGAAGGAUUCAAAUGGGACAGAAAGCGGCAAAGAUGCGGGCGCAAUUGUUAGUCUGGAAGGCAGGAUGUAUCCAGUGGACAUUCUCUACACGGAGUCGCCCGCAGAGGACUAUUUAGAGAUGGCAAUCCAAACAGUCUUCGACAUUCACACGAAAGAGCCAAAAGGAGAUAUCUUAGUCUUCCUGACAGGCCGCGAAGAGAUUGAUAAGGCUGUGCAAGCAAUCUCAGGACGAUCAGCGCAACUGCACCCCCGCGCAGAGACAAUGAUGGCCCUUCCCCUGUACGCCGGUCUUUCUACAGACCAGCAAAUGUACGUCUUCGAGCCAGCACCCGAAAACACACGCAAAGUUAUCUUCUCCACAAACAUAGCCGAAGCAUCCGUAACAAUCGACGGCAUCAUCUACGUAGUCGACAGUGGCUUCGUCAAACUCCGCGCCUUCAACCCCAUGACCAGCAUCGAAACUCUCACCGCAACUCCCAUUUCAAAAGCCUCAGCAACACAGCGAGCCGGGCGAGCAGGCCGCACAAAACCAGGGAAAUGCUUCCGUCUCUACACCGAAUCCGAUUACACCUCUCUCCCCCAAUCCAGCAUCCCCGAGAUCCAACGUUCAAACCUCGCACCUGUCAUCCUCCAGCUCAAGGCCCUAGGCAUUGACAACAUCGCGCGCUUCGGCUUCUUCACCUCUCCCCCCGCAGAACUCGUUAUUCGCGCCCUCGAACUCCUCUACUCCCUGGGCGCGCUCGAUACAUACGCCAAGCUCACCCGUCCCCUGGGCGUGCGAAUGGCCGAGCUUGCUAUAGAACCCAUGCUUUCAAAAGCCCUUCUCAGCGCAUCAUCAUUCAAUGUACUAAGUGAGAUGCUCACCAUAGCCGCCAUGACGAGUCUCGGCGGCAGCGUAUGGAUCGAGCACUCCGACGAGCGCAAACGGCUCGAGAUGACGCGACGGAAAUUCGCAGCUGAAGAAGGCGACCACCUCACGCUGCUUAAUGUGUAUCAAGCGUUCAUCACUACGGGAAAGAAGGAUGUGAAGUUCUGCCGCGACAAUUCGCUGAAUUUCAAGAGCAUGACCAGAGCGGUGAGCGUGCGGGGACAGCUGAAGCGGAUGCUCGAGCGCUUUGGAAUCGCUGUGGAUGAGACGUUGAGUAGGAAUGCGAAUAAACAAGCGUUAGGUGCAGGUGGUAUGGAUAAGGGAGAGGCGAUACGGCGAUGCUUGACGACGGGAUUCUUUGCGCAUGCGGCGAAGAUGCAGCCGGAUGGGACGUUUAGGAAUGUAGCUGGGGGGACGGUGUUGCAUGCGCAUCCGAGCUCGUUGAUGUUUAAUCGGAAGGCGGGGUGGGUUGUUUUUCAGGAGGUUAUGGAGGUGGGGGGGAAGACGUAUGUUAGGGAGGUUACGAAGAUUGAGAAGGAUUGGUUGGUGGAGUAUGCGCCGGAGUUUUAUAAGGCGAAGUGAGGGUGAUGGGAGUGGGGUUGGGAAGCAUUAUGCUGGGAGUUUGGGGAAAUGGAUAUCGUAGAAUACUGAUAUAGGCUUGACAUGAACCCAUCUAUAUAAACCGAAUAUGCUAAAUCUUAAUUGUCAAUUAAAUUGUGGUGGAGCAAUUUAAAUUCGCAGUAUAUAAUUUUAUAUCAGCACAAGAAAAUAAAUAUAAUGAAGC